AUGUCCGGCUCUGUACGUUUCUUCCUCUCCCCCCUCUUGAUUGCUUCUUCGAACUAUACCAUCCUGCUAAAUGGACGUCUGCAACUUCUCAAUCAUGACCAGGAAAGGGGGAAGAUUAUGAUGAAAUAUGCAGACCUGAUCGAGCAGCACGCAGAAGAACUGGCGGCACUCGAGUGCUUAGACGCAGGAAAGCUGUUCUUUCUCAAUAAGAUGAACGAUGUCCCAGUAGCUUCGAACUUGGUCCGAUACUACGCAGGGGCGGCGGACAAGAUCCAUGGCGAGACACUGAAGCUGUCAGGGGAGUUUCAGGGGUACACACUGCGGGAGCCCAUCGGAGUAGUCGGCCACAUCAUCCCUUGGAAUUUCCCUACCAUCAUGUUCUUCUUCAAGGUCGCCCCUGCCCUGGCCGCCGGCUGCACCAUGCUCGUCAAGCCAGCAGAACAGACCCCACUCACAGCUCUCUACUGUGCCCACUUGGCCAAACAGGUGCGAAAUCUGAUAUCAUUCAGCUCUUUCUCACAGAAAAGUCUUCGAUGCUACUACAUAACGACGUCCAUAUCGCAGGCAGGUAUUCCUGAUGGAGUUCUCAAUGUUGUCACCGGUUUUGGAGCCACAGCUGGAGCUGCCAUUUCUUCUCAUAUGGAUGUGGACAAGGUUAGUUUCACAGGAUCUACAGAAGUAGGACGGCUUGUGAUGGAGGCAGCAGCAAGAAGCAAUCUGAAGUCUGUCUCACUUGAACUGGGUGGGAAGUCGCCAGUUAUCAUCUGUGAUGAUGCAGACAUAGACAUGGCCGUCGAACUCGCUCGGACGGCCAUCUUUUACAACAAGGCAUGGAUGGGAGAAAUCUGCGUGGCAGGAUCUCGUGUCUACGUGCAAGAAGGAAUCUAUGAUGAAUUCGUAAGAAAGAUAGCAGAAAGUUGCAAAUCCUGGAUCGUUGGAGACCCUUUCAGUCCCCAUGUUCAUCAAGGACCUCAGGUCGACAGGAAGCAGUUUGAGAAAGUUCUCAGAUACAUCGAUCAUGGGAGAAGAGAGGGAGCCACCAUACUGACAGGAGGAAAGGCCUGUGGUCAGAAAGGGUUCUACAUUGAACCCACAAUCUUCACAGAUGUCAAGGAGAGUAUGCUGAUAGCCCAAGAUGAAAUCUUUGGACCUGUCAUGUCCCUCAUGAAGUUCAAGACAAUCGAGGAGGCGAUUGAGAGAGCCAACGAUACAAGAUAUGGACUGGCGGCUGGGAUUGUGACAAAGGACAUCAACAUAGCCAACCGACUCUCGAGAUCGAUUCGGGCAGGCAUCAUUUGGAUCAACUGCUACUUGGUAUUCGAUAACGAUUGCCCUUUUGGUGGAUACAAGAUGAGUGGAUUCGGAAGGGACAAUGGAAUGCAUGCUUUGGAGAAGUAUCUCCAAGUCAAGUCUGUCGUCAUUCCCAUCUAUGGUUCUCCUUGGCGGUAG